AAAUCAAAAAUGUAGUUCAAUUUCUGAGAGGUUUGCAGCGAUGUCGACGUUAGCAUUGAGACCCUUGUGUCUGUCUGCAUCAGUAAAUUCAUAAUCGAUACUUUAUCAACCCUCUUCUUUCCUUUUUCCUUUUUUCAGCUGUUAGACUGGUACAAAACAUGGCAACUUCUUUUCUAAUAAACGGGUUUAUUUUCAACAAGAACAUACCAAAUUUACUGAAACAGAAGGGGAAAUUAUUGUGCGCCACGAGUUCGGGCCCGAGGCCAGCCGGCGGAUUCUACACAUACAGAAAUUACACGGCUCUCAAAAAUUCCUACGUUGUCCAUCCAUCCAAGACGGUAUUAUUUGAUUUCCAUGAUGACAAGAAUGGUGACCGAUGUGUUGUUACAAGAGCUUACAAAACGAAAGGUACAAAAGACGUAUCAAUUCCACCGGCCCAGAAGAAAAGGGACUGUUUCCAUCCAGGGACGUCUUCACUUGCGAGAGAGACGAUUUCACUCGGGGAAACAAAGACUGUCACAAAUAAAGAAAUGAUUAAUUUGAUGUUGUCCUACAUUUGGCCAAAGAACGAACCAAAGGUUAAAGCUACAGUUGCAUUGUCCCUUGGCCUUUUGAUCGGCUCAAAACUUCUUAACGUAGCUACACCUUUUUUUUUCAAAUACAUUGUCGACGACCUCAACAAUUAUACAAAUCUUUUAAAAAUGGGCACAGCUCCUGAAGUGAUCGCAACUAGCGCUGCAACUUUAGUUAUUGGAUACGGGAUUGCCAGGGCAGGAGCUGCAGGUUUUGGCGAAUUGAGGAAUGCCGUUUUUGCCCGAGUGGCUCAGAACUCUAUAAGAAAUGUUGCUAGAAAUGUUUUCGCACAUUUACACCAGCAAGAUUUAUCUUUUCAUUUAUCAAGAAGGACUGGUGCCCUUUCAAAAGCCAUAGAUCGGGGAAGUAGAGGCAUAAACUUUGCAUUAAGUGCAAUGGUGUUUAAUGUCGUGCCUACUCUUUUUGAACUGAUACUAGUUUCGACCAUAUUAGCUUAUAAGUGUGGAUUGCCUUUGGGUUUUAUAUCUUUAGGGUGUGUCGGUCUUUACGGUAUUUUUACACUAUCCAUAACCAAAUGGAGGACAAGGUUCAGAGUUCAGAUGAACGAAGCAGAAAACGAAGCUGGAAACAAAGCAGUCGAUUCAUUAAUAAAUUUUGAAACAGUCAAGUAUUUUAACAAUGAAGAUCAUGAAGUCAGACGGUAUGACAAUGCCUUGGCCAGGUACCAAGCUGCUUCGUUGAAAACGACAACUAGUCUAGCCCUUUUAAACUUUGGGCAGAAUGCAAUUUUCAGCGGUGCUCUCGCUCUUGCAAUGUACCUUGUCGCUGAAGGUGUCUUACAGGGCACUCUAACAGUCGGUGACAUGGUUAUGGUCAAUGGGUUGUUAUUCCAACUGUCCAUACCGUUGAACUUUCUCGGGUCUGUUUAUCGCGAAGUGAGGCAAGCGUUGAUCGACAUGCAAACUUUAUUCUCCCUUAUGAAACGAGAACCUGAAAUAAAAAAUUCUCCGACUGCUCUUCCACUUGCGAUAACUACUGAAAAUUCGACAAUUACAUUUGAAAAUGUUUCAUUUCAGUAUGUUAAAGGGAAACAAAUUUUUGAAGAUUUAUCGUUCACAAUUCCUGCAGGAAUGAAGAUAGCGAUUGUCGGUGGAUCAGGAACAGGGAAGUCGACUAUUACAAGGCUACUGUAUAGAUUCUUUGAUCCAACUUCUGGCAAUAUUUAUAUCGCUGGGAAAAACAUUCAAGAUUUAGAUCUUGAUCACCUCCGAAGAUCAAUUGCAAUUGUUCCCCAGGAUUCUGUUUUAUUCCAUGACACCAUUCUGUACAAUCUGAGAUAUGGCAAUUUAGACAGGAGUGAAGAAGAAGCAAUUGAAGCUUCUAAAAUGGCCAAUCUUCACAAUUCUGUGAUGGCAUGGCCUCAACAGUACAAUACUCCGGUUGGUGAAAGGGGCUUGAAAUUAUCAGGAGGUGAGAAACAGAGAGUAGCAAUCGCUAGGGCUAUUUUGAAAGGUUCUCCGAUUUUGAUUUUUGAUGAAGCCACAUCAUCAUUAGACUCAAUAACAGAACAUAAUAUAUUGGAUGCUCUUGAUAUUGCCACAGAAGGUAGAACGUCAAUUUGCAUAGCACACAGACUUUCCACGAUAAUGGACGCGGAUGAAAUCCUCGUUCUGGACAAAGGCGGCUUGGCCGAAAGGGGGACGCAUGAAAGCUUGCUCAGCAAUUCGGAUUCUUUGUAUUCGAAGAUGUGGGAAAUGCAACACGACAAAAUCAAACAGGCCAAAGGUUUUGAAGCAAAAGAAGCACAGGCCACCUAAUAGGCGACAGUUUUUGUAAAUCUUUUUUUGAACAAAAUGUAUAAUUGUAUAUAUGUAAAAUAUUUAUUCUGCAAAUUACGUUGCGAAGUUCAAUGCCAAUUUAUAUUCAGGCAACAAAUAAUACAAUUCUGUACGGCCCAAGAUGGAUGAAAUAAUAAGUCUUAAUUUUUAUUCACAACAAAUAAAUUGUUAUUUAUUGAA